CCGUUCAUUCACUCGCUCACCAAACCUACACACUCUCUCUCUAGCUGCAGUAAAAUCCGAGCUCAUCCCCACUUCCUCCUGCUCUCUCUCUCUACUUAAAGCUAAAAUCUUGCUUCUGACCGUUUGCACAUCACUCACUCUCUCUCUCUCUCUCUCUCUGCGGACUGACGUCGUCGUCGUCCUCCUCCUCCUCUUCUUCUGCUGCUUCUUGCACUGUGAUGUGAGCGCACCUCCGCCAACGCUCGGCCGGCGAAGAAGAGAAUGGCAUACAUGUGCGCCGACAGCGGGAACCUCAUGGCCAUCGCUCAGCAAGUCAUCAAGCAAAAGCAGCAGCAAGAACAGCAGCAGCAGCAGCAACAGAACCACCCCCACCAACACCUCCUCUUGGGCAUCAACUCCUUCUCUCUCAGCCCAUGGACUGCCGCCACCUCCUCCUCCUCCGCCGCCGCCGCCCCCUCCAACGCAAACUCCCCCAAUUUCGCCCCCGCCUUCCCCGACCCCUUCCAGGUCGCCUCCGCCUCCGAUCCCGCCUUCCCCUUCCCGACCCUCGACCACCACCACCCCUCCGGCGGCGGCGAGUUCCGCUUCGGCGGCUUCGGUGGCGGCGAGUUCGACUCCGACGAGUGGAUGGAGAGCUUGAUGGGGAGCGGGGAUUCCACGCCGGUUAGCUCCAGCCUGCCCUCCGCCUGCGACACGUGGCAGAAUGCCGCGGCUGAUUUCGGGCUCUAUUCGGCUGAUCCCUUCGUCGCCUGCCCGAGCCGGCUCGGAAACUCAGACCUCAACCGGGUCGUUAGCCCCACUUGGGCUGCGCCGCCGCCUCCUCCGCCGGCGGCUGCAGAGGACUCCAAGCCGGCGAGGGUCUCGGUGUCGCCGCCGAGACAGCACAAGGGCGACGUGGCCGCGGCCACGGUCGGGGUGUCUUCUGCUUCCACCACGCUGGAGACCGAGCUGUCGCAGCCGCUGCUGAGGGCCCUUCUCGACUGCGCCCGGGUCAGCGAGUCCGACCCGGAGCUGGCCGCCAAAACGCUGGCUCGACUAAGGGAAUCGGCGUCUGAGCGUGGAGAUCCGGCGGAGAGAGUGGCGUUCUACUUCUCCGAGGCCCUCCACAGUCGGCUCUCGCUUGAAGGAAGCCCAAUCACGUCAUCAACGUCGCCGGAAGAGUUCACACUCUCGUACAAGGCCUUCAACGACGCUUGCCCGUACUCGAAGUUCGCCCACUUGACCGCGAACCAAGCAAUCCUCGAAGCCACCGAGAAGGCCAGCAAGAUCCACAUCGUCGACUUCGGGAUAGUCCAGGGAGUCCAGUGGGCGGCUCUCUUGCAAGCCCUCGCCACCCGCUCCACCGGAAAGCCCGACCGAAUCCGGAUCUCGGGCAUCCCUGCCCGGGCCCUUGGGGAGAACCCAGCGUCUUCUCUCCUUGCCACGGGCAAUCGCCUCCGCGAGUUCGCGAAGCUCCUGGAGCUCAACUUCGAGUUCGACCCGAUUCUAGCUCCGAACGAUUCGCUGGACGUCUCCAGCUUCCGGGUCGACCCAGACGAGGACCUGGCCGUCAAUUUCAUGCUCCAAUUGUACAAUCUCCUGGGCGAGACCUCCGCGGCGGUCGAGGGGGCGCUCCGGCUGGCGAAGUCGCUGGGCCCAAAGAUUGUCACGCUGGGCGAGUACGAGGCGUCGCUGAACAGGGCCGCGUACCCGGCCCGGUUCAAGAACGCGCUGGGCUACUACGCUGCUGUGUUCGAGUCGCUCGAGCCGAUGAGCCGCGAGUCCCCGGAGAGGCAGGAGGUGGAGAGGCUAUUGCUGGGGCGGAGGAUCGCAAGCUCGGUCGGGCCGGAGGGGCCGCGGACGGAGAGGGAGCGGAUGGAGGACAAGGAGCAAUGGAGGGUUCUGAUGGAGGGCGCUGGCUUCGAGGCGGUGCCGCUCAGCCACUACGCGGUGAGUCAGGCGAAUUUACUGCUGUGGAACUACAAGUACAGCGAGCUGUACUCGCUGGUGGAUUCUCCACCUGGGUAUCUCUCUCUAGCUUGGAACGAGGUGCCUUUGCUUACCGUCUCUUCAUGGCGUUAAUGGAGGUCUCUUCCAUUUUUCUUCGUUUUUCUUUUCCUUGGGAGGGGUCUUUAAUGGGUAUAUAGCGACGUCUUUUCAAAUGGGUAAUUCUUCUUCUUCUUCUUCUUCUUCUUACAAUUUCUAUGUAAUUAAUCUUUUGGGUAAUGGUUUGAUGAUCCGAAAUUUGAUUAGCAGUGACUAGUUUCAGAGCUUACAGUCAGAUCAGACAUGGAACCUAAUCCUCGAGGUGUGAAAUCGAAGCUGUUUCAUUUGGAUUUUACCUUAGUCCUUGGUUAGUUCCAGAAGCUGUUCUUUCUUAGCUUUGAGUUUACUUCUCUUCUUUCUUGCCCACGAACUCUACUAGUUUGCCCUCCCCAUCCUCCUUCUCUUUUGGGAUUUUGGGUUAAUGUAGGUGAAGCAGCAAAUGUAAAAACGGGGACUUUAUGUACCCAAGAAUUGAAUUAGCUUUUCUUUUUGGCUCAGA